AUGAGUGAUCCAACAAUAGAUUUUCAUAUUCAAACACAUCAAGCACAAUUUAGAAUCCCUAUUGAACUAAUUAAAAAGAACUUCAAAUCAAUUCAAAAACUAAUAGAAAAACAGAAAAAACUAACAAAUGAAGAAAUUUCAAAGAUUAAAAAGAAUGAUAAAAUAUCAAAUUCAAUGAAAUUAGAAAUGAUAAAAAAAUUGGUUAAAAAUUUUGAAACAUUUAUGAAAAAACUAAACACAUUGAUUAAAAAUGAUGAAGAAUAUAGAUCUAGAUUAAAUGCUAGAUUGAGCAAUAUACAAGAGUUGGGAAAAUGGUGUGUUAGUAAUGGUAAUAAUCAAAUUAGAACCAAAGACCCAAUGAAAGGAAACGAAAUACCUUUGCAAUUGAAAAACGCCACAAGUGAAAUAAAUGGAGUAUCAGAUACUCAAAACCAAGAUAAUGAUGAUAAAGUACUUGAUUUACAUAACCCAAAUCUAAUAAAAUGGUGUAGAGAUCAAGCAAAUUUAUUAAUUGUCGAUUACUUAAUUAAAUCAAACACAUCUCAAACAGAAAAUAUAGGAAUAAAUUUAUUAAAUUCAUUAAGCUCAACUAAUCCAAAUUUACCAAAAUUAAUUGAUUAUGAUUUAUAUCAAGAAUUUAAUCAAGUAUUCAUAUCAAUAAUUUACAAACAUGAUUUAUUACUAAUUAUAUCAUGGUUUAAUGAAAAUAAAAAUGUAUUAAAAAAAUUGAAUUCAAAUCUUGAAUUUGAAAUUAAUUAUUGUAAAUUUUUAACAUUGAUUGAGAAAGGUGAUAUCAAUGAAGCAAUUAAAUUUUCAAGAGAUAAUUUAUCAAGUUAUGGAAAUAAAGAAAAUUAUUCAAAAGAUGAUGUACAAAAUCAUGUAAUAAAUUUAGAAAAAUUAAAAGGAUUAGGUGGAUUAUUAGUUUUCAAAUCAAUGGAUAAUAUAAAUACGUCAAUAAAUAACUUGAAUAAUCAGUUCAAUUUUGGUAAUUUUAAAAACCAGGAAAAAAAUUCAACUCUUUCAAAUUAUUCAAAUAAUAUGAUGAUCCAAUCUCAACAUUUUAAAGAUUAUCAAAAUUUAUUAUCAAAUGAAAGAUGGGAAUCCUUAUCUUUAUGUUUUAUUGAAAAUUUUAUAAAAUUAUAUGGUAUAACUAAGAAUUAUCCUUUAUUUAUUUACUUAUCUGCUGGUUUAUCAAGUUUGAAGACAAAAUCUUGUUAUUAUAAUACUGAAAAUACUGUGUUUGAAGAUAUGUCAAUAAUUGAAUUCAACAAUAAUGAUAUAAGUAGUAAUGGACAACCACAACAACCACAACAGCAGCAGCAGCACAUUCAUAAUACAAAUGGAGCUAGUUAUGUCAGGACUUCUUCAAUAGAUGCCACUCCCCCAUUAAUCACAACAAACUCAACAUCAACUAUCACAUCAACAGAUCCAAAAUUAACAUCAUUAACAAAUGUGAAAUAUAGAGGACCAAAUCAUUAUUACAAACAAUUAAAUAAAGUAAAUAAUUGUCCAACUUGUUCACCAGAAUUAUUUCAAUUAAGUAGAAACUUACCAUUUGCACAAUUAAUAACAAAUAUUUUUAAUAAUCCUUUCAAAUUACCCAAUGGCAAUAUAUACCCAUUUGAUAAAUUAUUAUUCCCUAAUGAAAAAUAUUUAAGUGAAAGAAAUGGAUUGUUAAGACAGGGACAAAUUAAAGAUCCUUUAACCAAAGAAAUAUUUUAUAUUGAUAAUUGUCUUAGAGUUUUUCCAGCAUAG